AUGUCGACUGAGUCGUUGGAAGACGGAGAAAUCGCAUCCGAGCAUGAAGAACAAAGUCCAGAACAAGGCGAUUUCAAUGACGAAGUUCUAAUUGAUCAGAUUAUUCAAAAUGAGAAUGGAUCGGCUCAAAGAAUAAGGAGACUGGAACCACAAUCUCAACGUCCUAGUAAUAGAGCAGAACGUCGUAGCAGACAGCGUAACUCGAAUCAAGCGCCACCUCAGCCAGCCGGCAUGAUGGCAACGUCAUGGCACACAAAUGGAAACAGUGGUGGAAAUAAUGGUGGAAAUCAGUUCGGUAGACCGCCGCCACCGGAAUCUGUGAUUUUUGGAAUCCCAAAUUCACCAUCACCACAGCAAAUGAUGCAUCAGCAGCAGCAUCAACAGCAACAUAUGCAAAUACAGCAAAUGGCUGUGAGUCCAGACAUCACUCGUCUCCAGAACAUAGUCAACCACAACCGUGACUUCUACCAACCACCACCACCUCCAGGAAUGGUCUCUCGGGUCCCAUUUCACUAUUUCCAAGACCCACCGAUUCCAAACCUUAUGUCAAUUCCCAUUCACCGUCCUCCUCCACCAAUUCACCAGCAAUCUCCAAUGAUUCACGGGCCCAACACGUCCUGGCGUACUCCUUCUGACAACUACGAUGAGGUGUUUAUGGAUGUGGAAUCACCUGCAGAGCCACCCUACGUUCAAAUUGAUCCAUUUGUGAAGCCACCUGUGCAUAUACCAUUGAACGCUGUACCUCCUUCAACUACACCAGUGCUUACUGCUACUCCAGUACCUCCUCAGCUCCCCAAAACUCCUGUGCCAACGCCUUCAAAAGUGCUGGAAGCGCCAUCAAAUCCACCUGGAAUCCACGAUGACGAGGAAUCAUUGAGAGCUCUUCUCCUUGCACAAAUCAAACAACCCGGAAAACGAACUGCAGAGAAAUCAAAACAAUCUGCAGAAGCCAAACGAAUUCGCAAGAAUUCUUCGAGGCUAUCUUCAUCAGCUGAAAACGCGUUUGGAGCUCAGAAACCUGUACAAACACCGCCACCAGCGCCGAAAAUACAAGUCAAUAUUGGUCAGGCAGCUCCAGCUAUCGCAGUUGUCCCAGAAACUGUUCCAGUGUCACCAACUCCUUUGACUCCACCACCGGCUGAUCCGAUUGCUCCGGUUGCUCCACAGCUCACCCGAGAGGAAAGAAGAGCCCAACUGGACCAGCGUAUGAAGGAGCUAGAGGAAUCAUUCCGAUUGCAACGUGAGAAAGUGUCUAACGCAGCGAAACAGUCGAAAACAGCUGCUACGAUGGCUGCAGAAGCCGCAGAACUGGCCAAAAAAGCUGAGCAAUUGAACCAGGAAGCUGUGGAACUCCGCCAAAAGUGUAUUGAGGACACGAAGAAUGGGAAAGAGGAAAUGAGGAAAAUGCUGAUUGAGAAGCGAGAAUUGCAGACGGCAAUUGAUGAAAUGAGCAUUGAUGAUAUGGAGGAGAUUGAUGUGGAAGAAUUCCCUGUUAUAUUCUUUGCGACGGUGAAAAAAGCGGAAUUUGUUGAGAAGAAAAUUCCAAAGCAAGAGCCUGCAACUAAUGAGAACGGAAUUUUGAAGCCUCAGAAUCCACCAGCACCCUUGGCUGCUCCAGAAGUCGUUCCAGCUCGUUUGGCAGCUCCAGAAGCCUUGUCGGCUCCAGAAGUCCCGCGUCAAGUAGGGGGACACGAGGCGAGAGCCAUGGAGCAUGUUCAAGCAACAGCUGAGCAAUCAUUCAAUUCCUCGAAUGGAAAUGAAACAAGUGAAAACGUUGAGAAUGGAGAAGAGGAAGAAGAGUGCGAAGUUGUAGAAGGAGAAGACGAGUACGAUACAGAUGAGAAUGAAGUCGUCGCACCCGCCCCGACGCCGUCUCUCCCAACGUCUCCAGAUGAGAAUGGAGUAGCUGCGUCAUCACCUGUCCCAGCUUCUGUACCAGCUGCUCCUGUUCCAGAAGCCUCUCCAGCUCCCAACAAGAAAAUAGAGCUGGAAUUGCGUGCACGUCUUCUGAACAAAGUGCAGCGUAAGAGUCCACGAAACGACGAUAGUCCGGAGCCCGUUGUCACCACGGCUUCACCAUCAUCGACGACGGCGGUCUCGCGUGCUGAAGAGUGUCGUCAGUUGUUGUACAGAAUGUGCAAGUUUGAGCUGAACGGAAAGUGCGAAAAGAAUCGAGGUUGCUCAUUCCUCCACCUGCACGGCAUCAAGGACCGAAAAACGCAAGAACAAGUGCUCGAGGGAAUGUUCCGCGAAUUUUUCCAAUACAAAGAAGUUGAUAUAGAGCCCGCCAUUGGCCAAACGAUGCACUUCAUGCCGACGUUCAAUGAUUUCGAAAAACUAAUGGAUCAAUUCUUCAAAACAGUGAUUCAUAAAACACCGGAAUACAAACCGAGAUUGUUCAACUUUUUCGCGCAAAGGCGAUAG